AUGGUUCCAACAAACAACCAGUACCUAAAGACUUCAUUGAUAGAGGUGCACAAAGGUUCCCCAGAGGAGCGCCUGCACGUCUACCAAGAAGUGUGCAGCCACUUCCACCCAGUGUUCCGGUAUUUUUUUUUCGAGCAAUUCCCAGAGCCCAGCCGUUGGUUUGAGCGACGCCGGGCAUACAUCCACAGUGUGGCCACAGGAUCCAUAGUCGGCUAUGUGUUGGGGCUGGGAGACCGACAUUGUGCCAACAUUCUCGUUGACAAGCACUCGGCUGAACUGAUUCACAUUGACCUUGGUGUUGCAUUUGAACAAGGCCGUGUGCUCAACACACCGGAGACGGUGCCGUUCCGCCUGACUAGAGAUGUUGUGGAUGGUAUGGGCAUCUGUGGUGUGGAAGGAACAUUCCGUAGAUGCUGCGAGCGCACCAUGGAGGUGAUGCGUGCCUCCCGAGAGCUGCUGGUGACGGUGGUGGAGGUCCUGCUGCACGACCCGCUCUCCUCGUGGACCUUGAGCCCCGAACGUGUGGCAGCAUUGCAGGCUGACGGCGACGCCCUCCCCCCUCAGCGCCCAUCCCCAGAGUUGCCCUACAUGCAAGGGGACAAUCGGCUGGCGCGGCGCAUGCUCCUGCGGCUGGAGCAAAAGCUGCGAGGCCUGGAGGAGGGCGCGCCCUUGAGCGUAGCAGGACAGGUGAACCUGCUCAUCCAGCAGGCCAGGGACCCACACAACCUGAGCCGCCUGUUUCCUGGCUGGCAGCCCUACGUCUGAGCAUCAGGGACAGCUCCCAUUGUGGAAGUUCCAGCUGCACAUUUCACUACCUCGAGGUUGUCCCAGGGCUGCCAUCAUCAUCAGCUGCUGCUGACUUGAGCUCACUUGAACAAUGGUGGCUACACUGCCAGCUGUGCCAUCCACUGUGGAAACCAACCUGCCUGUUGCUUAGCCCAAUUGUAGUGGUGGCCAUAUUGGAAAGUGACCUGACAUGUUCUGUACUUAUUGAAACAGUUGAAAUAAGAAAGUGUUUAUGGGUGCCUAAAGUUAAGUGAAUACUGUGAAUAUCUGGAGCAGGUUCUUUGGUUUCUUUCUUUUUUUUUGUAUGUAUUGCGAAUUCAGUAGCUUGGGAAAGCACCUUGCAAAUUAUACUAUACUACAUUCAAAAGUAAGCAGUGAAUGGUUUUUUAUAGCUAUUGCACAUCACAAGCUUUGGUACAGAGUGAAUUUCGAGAUGCUAGGAAAGUAUUGUGCUACAGGAGGGGCCAGGGCGGUGUAAAGCCACUCUGUUUCCCGAGGAAGGCCUUGUGCACUGUGGUGAUGCAUGUUUGUGCUGUCAGCAUGAUAUGAGAACCCCUAAAAUAUUGCCGCCCUGUUUACUGUAGUUGAUGAUCUGCCACCAUAAUACGCAGCAUGCAUGUGCAAGUUGUCACACAAGGGUUUAAUGUGCCUUGCCAUGUAAGUUAAAGCACUGGAUGUGGUCAUGUUCCCAAUAUGUUUUGUUUAGCUGUAAUUCUCUCUUCUUUAAAAUCUGUUGGGUGCCUCUUCACAUUACAUUUGUCACUUAUAUGUAUUCAUGCAAAUAUGAUAUGCACUGACUGUAAUAUCUCUUUUCGUUAAUUCAUGCUCAACAGAGUUGUGUGCCACCAGGGAGUGGAUGUGAUUCCGAUGAGGCAAUUCUUCUGAUGUCUGCGUUUAUUUGUUCAGUUGUGUGUUAUGUUCUCAUGUAGUGGUAGCGGCCAUUGUUACCACUUUCAGCCGUGCCAUAGCACUCUUCUUUAAUGCACUUUGAUCUGGCUUCAGACAUCAGACAACCAAGUCAAGGAGUGGUGGAUGUUCUAGUUUCUCCUUGCAACAUACUUGUUGAGGCACUGCUGAAAAAAAAAAAAAAAAAAAGCUCAGCCUUCGCCAGGAUAUUGUGUUGUGCAAGGUCACCAUCUCAUGAUUGUUUGUAAUGUUGGUGUUGGUAUCAAUGGUAUUGCACUUGUAACACGAAGUACCCUUGUGAAUUUUAUUCCCUUCAACUUCCAAGAACUUGGCCACCUGUGUAAGGUUUAGGGCAUGAUGUCGCCUUCUAUUCCUACCCUGCCAAAAUUUCUGUCAUUCACACCCUUGCUUCUUCGAGGCCUCGUUUUCCCAGACAGUCACUUGGCAGCUGGAACCGAGUGUUACACUAUUGUUGCAGCACCAUAAUCUGCAAGUCAGUUCAGGUCUGAAAGUUUGUGGUAAAUGUUUGAACUGCACAGUAUGUUGCUCAUGCAUAGAGUCUCACAAGUUGCUGCAUUUAGUUUUUGCACUUACUGUUAUAAUCUCAGCUGCUUGCUGCCAGAAGGAAACCAUUUGUUUACUGCACUUGAGGUCACAAAACUUUAGAAAUGCCUCGAACUAUUUAUUUAUUUCAAGUGAACUUUCCUAUUGUGCAUUUGUUUACAAAACCGUUCUUUCUGUUAUAUUCAUUAAGGUCAACAAUGUGAUCAUUUCAUGCCUGCUUAAGGGGGUCCUGAACCACCCCUCGAGCUAGGUUAAAAAACACUUUCCACAGAUAGCACAUACUGAACAUCUCAAACAAAUUUUGCACUUGUGCACGGGGUGUUAGGCUCGCAGGCGGAGUGCAGAUUCCCCUUUUUCUCAAACACUCUCUCUUCAGUAAAAGCCUUCGUCUCAAAGGUGCUGCUGGCGGCUUCCAUAUUUCGUCAUAUAGCAGAUUCUCAUACAUGGCUGCUAUCGGCCGAGAUCAAUCAUGAUGCGUGAGCCAACUGUCGUCUGCUCAUACUCAGUUGCGCCUGCCCAUGUAGGAAUGAAACCUUGCUUAUUGGGUGUCGUUGCCAUCAACUCUCACUAAUUUUGAUUAGUGUGGAGCACUCGACUAGCGUUGAACUAUGCGAAUGGGGGGAAAGGUAAAUAUGGUGCUUGAAGUAUUGGCGCUCGAACUAGGUCUUACUGAAAAAUUAUUUCACUUAAGUAUUCCUAGGGGGUACCAUACUCGUUCGAAGAUAUUUUCGAGACUUCAAAGAAAUGUGGUUCAGGGCCCCUUUAACAUGCUUUGGCUUAUCAGUUAUCAUUAUGUUUCACUCGUAACGCUCAACUUAUUUUGUUUUUUAUGUGCAGCAUGUUAUUUGCUUGGCUCACUGUGCACUUUACUUCAAUCUGUUUAUUUGCCAUAGUGACAGAUUUUGUCCGGUGGUUUCUUUUCUGUUUUGUCUAACAUUGCAGGGGAUACAGGUCCUACAACUACCUCAAGAGCAUUUUAUUCAGUGCAGGUUUCAGUAUGAUGUCAUCAAGCUAAGGCUCAUGUGUGCUUUUUUUACCUGGUUUAGUCGGUUUCAUUUUUGAUUCCAGUUUAUACACAGUUCUUGCACUGUAGCAUUGUGCUAAGUUACAUUAUUCUCAGGUUUCCUAUAGCUCCGAAAGUUUGCACCUACCUCCAUAGUGUACUUGUUCUAACCUUGUUAUUAUAGGGGCAGAAAACAAACAGAACACUUGUGCUCAUGCCUCUGAUAAAUGGGAUACACACUGUGUGGGAGCAGGCUCUUCAAUGCACUCAGGUAUUCAUUUCAAUACAUUUUCUCAGGAGAGGUCUUAUAGGUAGCCAUAUUUUUUUAAUAUCUUUGGUAACAACUUUUCCCUAUAUAACAUGAAAUGGGAUAUGUCAAUGAAUAUGCCUUGUCUAACACAUGUGCAUGACAAGCCUGUACAUGCACUGAUGUUGGUUGUGUUUGUUGGUGUUCACACACUAUGUAGUAAGCAUUUCCCAUGGACGAAUGCACAAUCAUGACACUUUGCACAAAAGUGCUUUCAAAUGUCUUGCCACUACCAUGGCUUUCGCAUGAGACCUACAGUAGUAUAAGCAAAAGGUCAACUAGUGCAUGAUUCAUACUUUGUUCUGUGGGCACAAUGACUAGUGAUAACUGCUACGGCUACACUGUGCUUGCAUUAGCAGUUUAAAAUGUGAGCACUAAAAUGCUGCUCUUUCAUACAACUUGUUGUUUGAACUUUUGUACAUUUUUCUUUUUGCAACCGACUCUUCAGUUAUGCACACUAUAUACAGCAUAAGUGCCCCGUGAGCUGUCUCAAUAAAGGUUUUCUGACA